AUGUCGGUGGAAGACACAAGUAAAAUGCCCAAACUCGUCAGCUCUUGGGUCAAAGAAGAAAAUCAGAGUUUGCACGAGCGGACGACUGCUCUACUACCCACCCCCUCCACGAAGUUCAAGCCGACGAGGGUUUCUCGCCCACCGUUUCAUUUCUCUAUUAACUCCGGCGUAUAUCGCCGCUGCUGUACUUUCCCUUCACGGAGGAGAAGCCGACGGGGUUUUCUCACCCACGGAAUCCAUUUUCGAUUAACUCAGGAGUGA